CCCCCCCCCCCGUCUCGUUCCUUUCGGUCCCCCUCGCUGUGGAUCUAAAUCUCCAUCCUCCAGACUCCAUCCCCUGGAGUCCCUGCAGAUGUCCUCAGCCCGGCGCUGAAGCGGGGGCGCUCGCCAGCAGCCCAGAUGCAUCUGCGAGUCUUUGCCUUUGUGAUGUCUUUGCUCUGUGAGGUGGUCAGGAUGGGCUCUGGUGUCGUGCAGAAGCAAAGUGCUCACAGAGAGACGUCAGACGACUGCCGCAGCUGUCUGGAGUGUUCCCGAGAGAACGGCUGCGUGCGAUGUCCCGAGCGUCUCUUCUUGUUCCUGCAGAGGGAGGGGAUGUCUCAUCACGGCGCCUGUCUCCACGCCUGCCCCGCCGGACACUACGGACAGCGAGGGAAGGACAUCAACCGCUGCAUGAAGUGCCGCUCUGCAGACUGUGAACACUGCUUCAGUCGGGACUUCUGCACUAAAUGUAAACCUGGUUUCCAGCUGUACAAAGGGAAGUGUCUGAGCCGCUGCCCACCGGGGACGUUCGCCUACCACACGGACUGCUUCGAUAACUGCGUCCUGGCUCCGUUGGGAGAGUGGAGCGACUGGAGCACCUGUCUCCGAGAAGGCGCCACCUGCGGCUUCAGGUGGGGGAAGCAGACCAGGACUCGGGGGGCGGGCGGGUCGUCCGUCAGAGUGACAUCUGAAGAGAAACCGCCGUCACUCUGUCCGCCCCACAGCGAGACGCAGCGGUGCAGGAUGAAGAAAAAAUGUCCGACAGAAAGAAGAAACAAUACACAAGGAGGACUCGGGAGGAAAAGGGAGAGAAAAAGACUACGGCUGCUCGCCAGCAACGACGUAGGCAACCUGCCGAAUGCAACAGACGCCACAGAAGAGUGAGGGGAUCCCUGAGGACGAGGCGGACACACCCCAGAGACUCAUCGCCACACUCGACACGUGUUGGACCCUCAGACGGCUGACAUCAGCUGGAGCUUUGAAAAUCCCCCCAAAAAUCAGAGUGAACAUUCAGAGAAUUUAUUAAAAUGCACGUUAAUGCGUCGGAAUGAGCAAAGACGUUGAUGUUAUGACUAGAAGAACUUUUUCGUCUGUGAUUAAUUUGACAUGAAUGGAGAAAAAAUCUCCACCCAAGAGAUGUGGAAACUUUUUGGUAGCCAUUAAAAAAUAUGUCUUUUUGGUUUUGAAUCUGAAAAGUCUGACGCUCGUACCAACGGAUUCUCCAAAUAAGUCUCAGAAACUCCAACAACAAAGGCUGUUUUCCAAACUGCCCACUACAUGCUACUGCCCAACGCAGUAUGCUGUAUACGAUGUUGGACCAUAGUAUAUAGUCUGACCUCCAGGCGGCGGUUAUUCUGCAGUAUAGGGCGCCAUAGGAAUGAGUUCUAAAACCAGGAAGUAAGUUAGCAUUUUAGCGCCAUGCGGUCGUUUGCCUCAAACUCAAUGUUUUUGUUUUUUUGAUGGGUUGGUGGUUAGAU